GGACUAUCAGUCGGCUCCAACCAACCAAGCAAACGGACGAGUAGCAGCAGCAGAGCGGGAGAAACAUCUGAUAAGCGCCCCUCAAACAAAACAAAAGCGCCAUAGAACGCAAUUUGUGUAAACAAUAAUCAAAAGUCGUAGAAGAGACGACGAUAAAAGCAAUAAUUAAAAGUGGUUACAAGCCAAGCGGAAAGUUUUUCAAAUACCAAAAAACAACACAAUAUUUAAAAAUCAAUCAAAGAUGUCUGCAUCGCCCACCGCCCGUCAAGCCGUUUCCCACGCCCUGCCCAUGAUGGCUAUUAAGACCAAGAAGAUCGUCAUAACGGAUCCCAUCGAGAUGCCGGAGUGUUACUCCUCGACGCCCGGCGGUACCCUGUACUCCACCACGCCUGGAGGCACUAAACUGAUCUAUGAGAGGGCUUUCAUGAAGAAUCUGCGAGCCUCCCCUCUGAGCCAGACACCUCCCAGCAAUAUACCUAGCUGCCUUAUGCGUGGAACACCGCGGACUCCCUUUAGAAAGUGUGUGCCAGUGCCAACGGAGCUUGUGAAGAAGACCCAAUCACUGAAGAUAGAGGAUCAGGAGCAGUUCCAGCUCGAGCUGUAACCGAUGAUCGGUCCCUAGCCUCUAGCCAACCAAGCAGCAACUGCCAAAAUCAUCUAGUUUUUAUGUUUGCCCAGACACUGAUCUUAUAAUCUUAGAGAGCCUCAUUUGUUAACAAUAAUUGAACCAGAAUUCAAUAUCCAUCCAAUAUCCAUUCUUAGUCCUUAAGCUAGCAGCACUUUGCGAUUGUUCAGUUCAAUUCAGUUUCGUUUUGUUCAUUCAGUCAUAUUGACUUUUCAUCUUGUAAAUCUCUAGCUCAUAAGUGAAAUGCAAUGCAAUAAAAAAAUGUGUUUUAAAAUUAAA